AUGGACUCCACCGAGUCCUCUCUCCGUAGAGAACUAACGGAGAAAGAAAUAGCCAUAGCAGCACAAGCCAGCGUUGUAAGAGAACUAAAAGCAGAGGGAGCAGCAAAGGAACUAAUUGAUGCCACUCGAGAAGCUUUGGAAGCAUUGGAACAAGAUAAAUCCUUAAUUGAUAGACGGCUCCAAGUUGUUCUUUUGAGCAAGGAAGGGAGUGAAAAUGGCAGCGGAUUUGUUGACAAGGAUGCUUUUCGUCAGGCUUUGCUUAAUACGCUUGAACGGCGUUUGUUUUAUAUUCCGUCCUUCAAGAUUUAUGGUGGUGUUGCUGGAUUUUAUGAUUAUGGUCCGCCUGGUUGCGCUGUUAAGUCUAAUGUCAUCUCUUUCUGGCGUCAGCAUUUUGUUCUGGAGGAGAACAUGUUAGAGGUGGAUUGCCCAUGUGUGACACCAGAGGUUGUAUUGAAGGCAUCAGGUCACGUGGACAAGUUUACUUACCUUAUGGUAAAAGAUGAAAAGACGGGGGCUUGUUACCGUGCUGACUAUUUGCUGAAGGAUUUUUGCAAAGAUAAGCUUGAGAAGGAUCUUAGUAUUAGUGCUGAGAAGUCAGCAGAAUUGAAACAUAUUCUUGCUGUGUUGGAUGAUCUUUCAUGUUCAGAAUUAGGUGCUAAGAUUAGAGACUAUGGCGUAACUGCUCCGGAUACUAAAAACCCUCUCUCUGCUCCUUAUCCGUUCAACCUGAUGUUUCAGACUUCCAUUGGCCCAUCUGGAUCGAGUCCAGCAUAUUUGCGACCCGAGACAGCACAGGGCAUUUUUGUGAACUUCAAGGACUUGUACAACUAUAAUGGGACCAAGCUUCCUUUUUCUGCGGCUCAAAUUGGUCAGGUUUUCAGAAAUGAGGUAUCUCCACGACAAGGUCUCCUAAGAGUUCGUGAAUUUACUUUGGCUGAGAUUGAGCACUUUGUUGAUCCUGAUGACCAAUCACAUCCAAAAUUUUCCGAAGUUGCAAAUUUGGAGUUUCUGAUGUUACCAAGGGAAGUACAGGUGUCUGGGCAGUCAGCAAGGAGAAUAUGCCUUGGUGAAGCAGUUUCAAAGGGUAUUGUCAAUAAUGAAACACUGGGCUAUUUCAUUGGAAGAGUGUAUCUUUUCUUAACACGUCUCGGCAUCAACAAGGAACGCUUGCGUUUCAGACAGCACCUUGAAAAUGACAUGGCUCACUAUGCAGCUGACUGUUGGGAUGCUGACAUCGAAUGCACCUAUGGCUGGCUUGAGUGUGUUGGUAUUGCCAAUCGUUCUGCUUAUGAUUUGCGUGUUCAUACGGAAAAGAGUGGUGUUUCCCUUGUUGCACAUGGAAAACUUGCCGCACCAAGAGAAGUGGAGAAACUUGUUAUUGCUCCAGUGAAAAAGGAGCUGGGCCUUGCAUUCAGGGGCAAACAAAAGAUGGUGUCUGAAGCAUUAGAGGCUAUGGAUGAAAAUGAAGCUAUGGAAAUGAAAACUGUCUUGGAUUGUGAAGGAGAGGUGCAGUUCCAUGUCUGCUCUCUUGGGAAAGAUGUGACAAUCAGGAAGAAUAUGGUGACUAUCUCCAAGGAGAUCAAGAAAGAAAAACACAGGGUUUUUACGCCAUCAGUGAUUGAGCCAUCUUUUGGUAUUAGACGGAUCAUUUACUGCCUUCUUGAGCAUUCUUUCUACACAAGGCGCAGUAAGUCUGCCGAUGAGCAGUUGAAUGUUUUCCGUUUCCCUCCAAUUGUGGCACCUAUCAAAUGUAGCUUAUUCCCCCUGGUCCAGGGUCCACUAUAUGAGAACGUUGCUAAACACAUUGCCAAAUCAUUGGCUGCUGUUGGAAUCUCAUAUAGGAUUGAUAUUACAGGUACAUCAAUAGGGAAACGAUACGCCAGAACAGAUGAACUUGGGAUACCAUUUGCCAUAACAGUGGAUUCAACUUCAUCUGUUACAAUCCGAGAGAGGGACAGCAAAGUUCAGAUCCGUGUUGAUGUAGAGGAAGCAGCAAGUGUAGUAAAAGAGCUCACUAAUGGCCAAAGCACAUGGGCCAAUGUUCUAUAUAAAUACAAUACUCCUGUACCUCUGCCUAAAGAUGAUUGA